AUGCGGUCCAGCUGCUCCCUGCUAUUCUGCCUACUGCUUGUGUCCCAUGGGUCCUCAGCAGUCAUCACAGGGGCCUGUGUGAAGGACAUGCAGUGUGGAGAGGGGAUGUGCUGUGCGGUCAGUCUGUGGAUCAGGAGCCUGAGGAUGUGUGCCCCUAUAGGACAGAAAGGAGACGAGUGUCACCCCAUGAGUCACAAGGUUCCCUUCAUUGGCACAAGACUACAUCACACAUGUCCAUGUGUGCCAAAUUUGGCAUGCAUCACCACAUCAGAGGGCAAAUCAAAAUGUCUUUCACCGUACAACUACUCAGACUAUUACCUCUGAGGACA